AUGUUCAUUGUUUGUAGCCUUCUACUCGUCCGGCACAUCCAAGUUGCUCCAGCCCUUCUCGGCCACCACGUACGGGAGCGACGAGCCGAGCACACCAAAGUAGACGGAGUUCUUCGGAAGCCCAAGCAAGUUCUGGUACUGUUUGAUCACAUAUGUGGGCGACACGUUGCGGGCGCCCGACGCGGCCUCGUCCUCGCUCCAGUGCUGCUCCUCGCGGCCCAGGUUGCGCUGGUUGAUCUCCUUGGUGAUCUGCUUCCACUUGUGUUUCUCGCCCACGUUGAGCAACUGCCGGAGCAACUCCACGUCCUGCUCGCAGAACUUGGGCGCCUGCAACAGUUCCUGAUGAAGCUCGUGGGGCAGCUGCCGCAGCGGCGGCUCCAGCUGCGGCUGAAGCGGCACGUUGGCGCCGUACGCCAUGGCCACGUUGGCGCCGGGGGGCAUCGACACUGGCACAGAGCCCAGAAGUCCCAUCUGGAGAUCGGGCUCGGGCGCUGGCCUUGUGUACUGGUAUUGGAGCGGCAGCAUCUUGGGCGCGUCGGGCCGGAGCUGGGGCAGUCGCUGGUAGGGCGGCGGAUACGGAUGGUAGGCGGACGGCGCCUGGUAAGGAUGCGGCGGCGCCGGGUCUGGGUUGGGCUGCGACGGCGUUUGGUAUUCGUAGUUGGAGGAGCCAAACAUGGCUAG